CAAUAGAACCCAACGGAAGAAAACCUCUAAAAGCCUAGACCUUCUAAAUGGUCAUCUUCCUCCUCCUCCAACGAUGCUCCGCCAACUCUUUUCCCGGCCACUCCCCCUCCGCCUACAAACCCUAACCCUAUUGUCGUCCUCCUCUUCCUCCUCUCCCCUCCCUCCACCGCCACGCCCCAAUCCUCGCCUCCCUUUCUCUGGUCGCGACCCCACUCGGAGCUUCCUCCUCCGAUCGCUGAGAUUCUACUCGGCCUCUCGAGGCGACGGGGGCGAUGACGACGACGGCACCUGGAAGCUCUCUCCGGAGUUCGACGAGGUCGACUCCGUCUUCGGCGACAUCACCGAGGGCGGUGAGGAGGCCUUCGUAUCGGAGGCGGUGGAGGACGCCGUGAAGGGAUUCACCGGUGGAAGCGGCGAUCCGUGGGCGGAGGGCGCCGCGUCGGACAGUAAGGGCGAUGUGUUCGAGGACAUUGAUCGGGAGGUCGCCUCGAAAGAAGGAGGGCGAGGCGUCGGAGAGGAAGAGUGGGGAACGAUCGAGGGGUACAAGCCGUGGACAUUGGGGGAGGAUGAGGAGACAGGCGAUGUGUUCGGCGCUGAAGAGAUUGAGGAGGCGGAGAAGGACGUCGCCGAUGAGAAGCAGAAACUAGAAGAGAGGGAGAAAGAGCUCUUAGAGACGCUCAAAGAGAUCUCCACCACGAGCUCGAGCUGCUUCAAGAGAUUGGGAUUUUCGGAGAUUUCGCACUCAAUCGCCUUCUCCGGGCGAUUUCUCACUUGGAUCUACACGCGAUUCCACGAUCGGGAGAGGACUUGUAGUAUAAGUGUUUUAAGGUACAAUAUCCUUCGUGGUCUAGAAUCUUUGCAAGAUUCUAGGAAAAUUUUGACAGAUCGAAUUUUGGAAAUUGAUCAAACAUUAGGGAACCCAAAGGAUGAGGAUAUUGAACGGCAAAGAUGCUGUCCAAACUGCUACGAUGGGAAUGGCUCUUUGUGCAUCCAGUGCGAAUUAGAUAUACUCUUCCAGGUCUAUGAGGCCAAGCUAUUUCUUAUAAAAAAAUCGCAUGAUGUUGAUGUAAUUGCAUCAGUGGAGGAAGCAAUAGAUUUGCAGAGGAGGAAAUAUGAGUUCAAUCUUUUCUUCCGUAAUAGGAUGACCUUAGUUGAGUCUGACAGUCAUGAUGAAAAAGGAACUUCGUACACCCAACAGUCAUAUAAAGUCAGCGAGUCAUUUCCCUAUAAGUGGAUUAACAAAAAGUGGAAAGAAGGUUUUCACGUAACAUCCAUGACCACUGCGGGUAAUCGAUGGGGGGUUGUUAUGUCACGGAAUUCCGGCUAUUCUGAUCAGGUAGUAGAGCUAGAUUUUCUUUAUCCUAGUGAGGGCAUUCAUCGCCGAUGGGAAAGUGGUUAUAGAAUCACAUCUACAGCAGCCACUCCUGAUCAAGCCGCUUUUAUUUUGAGUAUACCAAAGAGAAAAUUGAUGGAUGGGACACAAGAAACUCUGCGUACUUCAGCAUUUCCGAGCAACCACGUGAAGGCUAUGCGCAAGGAAUACUCUCAGGCAAGGUUCUUAUCAAUUGCUCAAGCUCAGUUUUUGCGUGCUCCUGAUGAGAUUAAAAUGUCUACCUCGCGAUUGCGCCUUAAGGAGACAGAGGAUGAGCCUAGCGCCAUUAAUGUCCUUACUAGAGAAGAUUUAAUUCCAACAAGCAUGCAGUUAUCGAGUGACAAAUUUUCAUCCUUAUCCUCGAUGGCGUGUAUAAAGGGUCAGCUUCGCUACUUAAAGGGAUUGGUGCUUUCCAAUCAGAAAACACAGAAUCAGUGCAUUAAUUCCUUCUCCAAGGCUCAGGAUAAUGCUAAUUUCCAGACUUCUUCAGUUUCUGUGGAAGAAACUGCGAAUAAGAUUGAUGAUGAACCUUGCCCUAUUUGUCAAGAGAGAUACUAUGAGCAGAAAAUGAUGUUUCAAUGUGGCCAUUCCUUAUGUUGCAAGUGUUGUCUUCAAAUGUCCGAACGGGCUUUAGGACAUUCUGGAAAGUAUGGCCAGAAAUGGAUUAUGUGUCCUUCAUGUCGUCAACGUACAGAUUUUGAGAAUAUUGCGUAUGUGGUUGAGAAGAAAAAUAAGGAAACUUCUCCCACAUCUUUAAAUUCUCACCAAACUGAAAAUGUUUCAGAAAGUUCUAUCAUAGUAAAAGGAUCCUACGGUACAAAGAUUGAAGCUGUCGCCAGAAGAAUCUUGUGGAUAAUAUCUACUGAAAAAGAGGCCAAAAUUCUUGUCUUUUCCAGCUGGAACGAUGUCCUUGGUUUGUUGGAGCAUGCUUCGGUUGCUAAUGGUGUCAUGUUUGUCCGGAUGAAAGGAGGCAGGAAAUCACAAGUGGCGCUUGCCCAAUUCAAAGGAGACAUAAGUGUUGCUAACAGUGGCAAAACAAAAAGAAUGCCUUCCAGUGAGAAGUCCAUUCAAAGCCCUCUUGAUGCUAAUCCAGCAUGGAGCAAAUGGUCUCAAUCUUUUGGAAGCACAGCAUGUCAUUUUAGUGGAGCCAUUGCUCAACCUUGCAGCGGAAGCACAAGCCAUAAACCGGAUCCAUAGAGUUGGACAGGGCAAGAAAACAUUUAUACACCGAUUCAUCGUGAAGGAUAGCAUCGAGGAGAGAGUAUCUAGAAGUUAAACAGGAGCAGGAGUGCGUGCUCCAUAAUGAGCACGAAAGUUAAGAAGCUCAGAGAUGAGCCGCUUUUGACGCUUAAAGAUGUCGAGUCUCUAUUUCCUUUGACAGUGCCUGGUGAAUUAGGUGUAGAGGAGGAUGAUGAUCAAGCCGAUAGCUUGAGGCAUUUAGCUCCCUCUGUUGCUGCUGGUCUAGCAGCUGAGCGGAGAGUAAUGGAGGGCUGUUAUAACUCGUAACUAAGUCCUAGGAGAUUCAUUCAUGGGAACAUUUCGAUGCUCGCAAUUUAAUUGAGUCAUAGGAGAUUCAUUCAUGGGAAUAUAUGUUGCCUUUGUCACUGCUCUAGAUCAUUGCUUAUAGUUUUGUUUCAAGGAUGAUUGUAUCAUCUUAUUGCAAUUUAGUCAUAUAACUCUUUUUUUUUUUUCGGAUAUAACAGAUUGUUGGUUUUAUAAUUAAUAUCAAAUGGAAAAAUUCUAUUGUAAUUUGUUGA